GCUCCUCUGCUGCUCUCUGAGUGCUUUCGUUUGGACUCACUGACUCCAGCUGAAUGGAAAACUGACAGUUAACAAAAACAACAAAAACUACUACCAUCGGAAUUGAAUCUGCACAAGUUUCAUUUUCUGCUGCGAGGACAAAUAAGAGGAAACAAGGGGAGGCUCUUGCGUCUUUCUCGCUGGUUGUGUGUGAAGGCAGAUUUUCCCGUCUCUCACUCCCAUCCCCUGACGCGGUCAAUGAAGUGGAAUCGGGGUCUGUAGUGAGUCAUAGGGCUCUAAGCGUGUAGCUCUGAGAUGGGAACGGUGAGCGAACUUUGCUCUUCCAGCUUCCAGGCGUUCCUGUGUCCCACUGUGUGUACAUCUGCACCAGCAGUACCAGAUGACCUAACUCCAGAGGAGAAGCAGGAGCUGGAAAACAUAAGACGGCGUAAGCAGGAGCUGCUUGAGGAUAUACAGCAACUCAAGAAUGAGAUAGCAGAAGUGACGAAUGAGAUUGAAAACCUGGGUUCCACUGAAGAAAGGAAAAACAUGCAGAGGAAUAAGCAGGUUGCCAUGGGCCGAAAGAAAUUCAAUAUGGAUCCCAAAAAGGGGAUACAGUUCCUCAUUGAGAAUGACCUACUGAAAAACACGUGUGAAGAUAUUGCUCAAUUCCUUUACAAGGGUGAGGGCCUCAACAAGACGGCAAUUGGAGAUUAUCUUGGUGAAAGAGAUGAGCUCAAUAUAGAGGUCCUUCAUGCCUUCGUGGAACUUCAUGAAUUCACAGAUCUGAACUUGGUCCAGGCUCUCAGACAGUUCUUGUGGAGUUUCCGGUUACCAGGCGAAGCUCAGAAGAUAGAUCGCAUGAUGGAGGCUUUUGCCCAGCGUUACUGUCAGUGCAACCCUGGAGUCUUUCAGUCCACAGAUACUUGCUAUGUUCUUUCGUUUGCCAUCAUCAUGCUGAAUACGAGCCUGCACAACCCUAACGUGAAGGACAAGCCAACAGCGGAGCGCUUCAUCGCCAUGAACAGAGGCAUCAACGAUGGUGGGGACCUACCAGAGGAUUUACUUAGGAACUUGUACGAGAGUAUCAAGAAUGAACCCUUUAAGAUACCUGAGGAUGAUGGCAAUGACCUGACCCACACAUUCUUUAACCCAGACCGGGAGGGAUGGCUGCUGAAAUUAGGAGGAGGACGAGUAAAAACAUGGAAAAGAAGAUGGUUCAUCUUAACAGAUAAUUGUCUUUAUUACUUUGAAUACACCACAGAUAAAGAACCAAGAGGGAUCAUUCCCCUGGAAAAUCUCAGCAUUAGGGAAGUGGAGGAUUCAAAGAAACCAAACUGCUUUGAGCUCUUUAUCCCAGACAGUAAGGAUCAAGUGAUCAAGGCCUGUAAGACUGAAGCGGAUGGGAGGGUGGUGGAAGGUAAUCAUACAUUUUACAGAAUCUCAGCCCCAACCACUGAGGAAAAGGAGGAGUGGAUCAACAGUAUCAAAGCUGCCAUCAGCAGGGACCCCUUCUAUGAAAUGCUUGCAGCCAGAAAGAAGAAGGUGUCCUCUAUAAAGAGGCAGUAGGAGCACUCAUCUCUGAGACUUUGCUCCAUGUUUAACAAAGAACAUGUGUGGACCUGAAAAUAGGCCUAUGGUUUGGGAAGUGAACAAAUUAACCCCCAAAACCCAUGAGCCUGCACUGGACCUGUUUUGCUCAGGAAUUUCCUGGUGUUUUGAGGAGAAGGUUACCAACACUGGGAGUCUGUGUGAGCCAUAAGUCUGUUAGUUUCUUUUCAUGAAUGCUUCAUCAGGGUUGCUUCUAUGGUUCUGAAGUGAUCAUUACAUAAGUGGGCAUGUAAAGCCUAGAUCAGUAUGUGAUGUGAUGGAGCUGGAGAGACAAUGGAGUGGUCUUUAAACAAUAGAGGCCUUCAAACAGUGUUACAAAAUGGCAGAACGUUACACAAUAUAUGUUUUCUGUGUACUUGAUUAUUUUAGUCAGUCGUUCCAAGGCUGUUCUUCUUGCUUGGGACUUUGAAUACAUCCCAGAUUAUACCCUGAUCAGCAGGUCUGACAAUGUGGCAUAUGAAUCAAACAUUUCUAACCUAGAUACCAUCAAAACCUUUCCUCUGAGUUUAUUUUUUCUUUAAUACAUAUGUAGAUGAAGAAAAUGUACUUAUUUUUCCACAACUUCUAAUAAACCACUGCAGUUCUGUAUCUUAUAUAACCGCAUUUAAAUAAUUGACUUGCCUCCAGUAAUUUUUUGCUUUUCUAAUAUCUGCUGUGAUGCUGCUCUAAAGCUGCCUCCUCUUUUAAAAAAAAAAUUUAAAAGGGAGAUCACAUUUGUAUUUUUGCAUAUCUGCCUGAGUUUGUUUGCCUGACGUACAAAUCGUACCUUUUUAAAAUCAGUUUGUUUCUUGCUGUUCCCAACGUUUUAAUGAUGAAUUAGAAUAGUACUAUGAUGCUUACAGUACUCAUUUACAGUAGGCUUUGAAGGAACAAAGGCUGUUUCAUGCAUUUCACUUUAGCACUAUUUCUCUUGGCUGCUUUUUGCUUUAGCUUGUCAUAAUUCAGUAACUAGACCUUGUUCACUGUGGAAAUCCACUGUGGAAUGGUUGUUUUUAUCUGGGAUCUAUUCAUGGAUGAAACGUUAAAUUUCAAAAAGCAAACUGCUGAUUCAAAACAGUUAUUUUCCAAAAUGUGUAUCAGGCCAUCAUAUUUUUAAAAGAAAUGUUUGGUUUAAAUGUUUAUUCAUUGAUUUUUGUUGUUGCAGAGUACAAAUUCAGUGUGUAAGCCUCAGACUAACAUAUGCUUGUUCAGUUCAAGUGCACUGAUAAUUGAGAAACGUUACAUCCCAGAUAAUUUAUCAAUGCUGUAUAUACUUAAAAUAAUUUAUAUUUUUGUCAGAAUGUAUGUUUGUAUAAAAAUGAGUUUGAGAGGAACUUUCCCUUGUUAUUUGAUUGUCAAUGUUAUCUUGUGCUAAAAUAAAAUUGGUACACAGAUGGCACCAA